CAUGGGAAACUGCAGUUCCCACAACAGGACCAAAGCGCCCAGUCAGGAACGCAAGGACAGGCCACCUGAUAUGGAUAAGACCUGUCACAAGCAAUUUUUCAGCCACCUUAAGAGGAAGAAGCCAAGUACCAAGAUCGUGCUGGUUUUUUCUCUGGACAAGCGGCAGCAGCUGGCCGAGGCGGCGGCGGCGGCGGGCCCCUGCGCGCGGCCCGGCUGGCCAGAUGAGGACGCGCCCGGCGCUCUGGCAGGCUCCCCGGUGGCGGCGCCCAUGCUACGAGGGGCGGGAGACGGUGUGGACCGGCGCGAGGGCGCACGGGCCCGGGAGAUGAAGCGGAUCCUGGUGCUGCUGCUGCAGCUGGACGCCCGGCUGCAAGAGGAAGGGCGCCGCGCGGCCUGCGCGCUCCCGGGAGGAGCCGGGGCCAAGGCCGGGCACAACUGGCACUUGCUGACCCAGGGCCAGGCUGGCCGCGAGGGCAACCCCCGCGAAGGGCAAUUCCGCAAACGGCACUGCAGCCCUCGCCCGGGGCCCUGAGUACCCGGCAUUGGAGGGGGGGUGAGGGGGAUCUCAGCCCCCAGGACUUGGCUCAAUAAAGAGCUCAUAGCAA